UGCUGUGACACCCGCCCCCUGGCGCAAGCCUUCAGCACAUCGUCACGUGGCAGCGUGUUCGCCUGGCUGUAACCUCCCCUUACUCCUCUCGUCCAAUCAGAGCUUUUACAGCGACAUUGGAGCGAAGUUUGAAAACAGAGCAGCGGCCGGAUUCGGAAUUCCCCGCAGCCCGUGCCCCUGAGCCCCAUCCCACGGCAGAUCGCCCGGCCUGACGCGUGUCGGGGCAGUGACUGAACGAUAAUGUCGCGGCACUCGCGGAGGAGUGAGGUUUUGGCAUCCUCUGUCAUCUCCAGCACAAACAAUGCCCUUGGAAGACUCAUGGACAUCUGGGAUGGGCUAGGUAUUAAAGAGGAGAUGCGUUUGCAGAGAAUUGAAGAAGUUAAGAAGCAUAUUGAGGGAUUGUUUAACCGCAUGAUCAAUGAAGAAAUGGAAAUGAAAGAUAGAAUUGAAAAAAGUAUUCAGUUCUGCAGAAAGGAAAUAAAAACACUGUGUCAUGAUUUAUCUGUUGAUGACUACAUGGCAGAAGAGGGUAUGACCAUCCUUCAGAUUGAGAGAGACUUGAGGGUGAGAUUAGAGCUUCUGAUGAAAGAGAAAAACAAGCGUCUUGAAGAAUUGAGGCUACUACAGCAAGAAGACCAGGAGUUAUGUUCUGAUCUCUGUGUUACACCGUACUACAUACCAUCUGGCAGCAUACCCAGUCAUAGACAGCUGGAGGAGCUGAAAGAGCACAUCAAGGUCCAGGCGGAAGAAAAGAGAAAACGCCUUCUGGUCUUUUCCACACUUAGAACUGAAAUCCGGCAGUGUUUAGAUGAAAUAGGACGGCAGCCCGAGAAUUCAUUGGAACAAGAGGCCAUCUGUGAAGAUGAAGACGUUUUCUUCCUCACAAAUGAGAAUAUUAAAGCGCUCACAAUUCUAAAGGCACAGCUUGAACUCAAAAAGGAAGGGCUUUUAUCCACAUUAAACACUAUUAAAGAAAAAGUUACUGUUUUGUGGGAUCUCCUGCAAGUUACACCUGAAGAGAGAGAAGAAUGUCAAAAGACUCUUGGAAAUCCUAUUUAUGAGGCGAUCAAAACAUGGGAAAAUGAGCUCACACGGCUGGAAGAGCUGAAGUCUGUAAAUCUAAAGGAAGUGAUCCUGAAAAUCAGAAUGGAACUAAUAAUCUACUGGGACAAAUGUUUUUAUACCACUGAUCAAAGGAAAGCAUUUGCCCCAUACUACAGUGAUGAAUUUACAGAAGAUCUUUUAAGCCAGCAUGAUGAAGAGGUUGUACGGUUAAAACUGUUGUAUGAAAAAUGCAAAUCCAUUCUUGAUGCAGUGGCAAAGUGGGAAACCAGCUGGUCACAGUUUCUAAUUCUAGAGAAAAAGGCAUCAGACCCCAACAGAUUUUCAAACAGAGGUGGAAGUUUGCUCAAGGAGGAAAAAGAACGUGUAAAACUACAGAAAUUGCUGUCAAAGCUAGAGGAAGAGCUGAAGUCACGGAUAGAUGCAUGGGAGACUGAACAAGGCUAUGCAUUUUUAUUUAAAGGCAUUAAGUUUAUGGAAUAUGUAGCAAAUCAGUGGGAAACCUUCAAGCAGCAAAAGGAACGUGAGAAACAAGAUCGGACAAACAAAAAAGAAGAACCUGCACCAUUUAAAACACCAAUAAAACGGCCAGCAGGUUCCUGUUCACAGGGUACUCCAAGUAACAAAACACGAAAGCUUAAUGGAGCCACAAAUGCAACCAUGUCUCGCACAACUGUCAUUAAUUCUGGUGGAAACCAGACCUCAACAGGAAAAGUACAACUUGCCACAAUUAAGACCCCUUUGAAAACUAGAGAUACCCCUGUGAGACCUCCAUUGCAUGACAAUAACAAACAAACAAUUAUGUUAUCCAGCCACCCUGGAAGCUAUUCUGAUUUUAAGGAGGAGAUUACCAAAAAAUCCGGCAAUGAUGUCAUUUUUAACUCAACAGUAAAUGAGAACUUGUAACUUUCUGCAUGAAUUCCAGCAUAUUUGCCCUAUUCCAUCCUGCAAUGUAGGUUCUGUAUAUUUGUUUCUGCGUUUUAUUAAAGUGCAUCUGUCUACACCGUUAACCAUUAACUAGGAAUACAUGCCCCUGUUACCUGAGUGGAGACUGGUUUCUAAUCCAAUUGAUAGACUACAACCUUACAGAUACUGUGUCAGUCCAUACAAUUCUGUGUCCAUUGUGUGUGUGCACUUCAGCAUCAAGCCUUGUAAAUAUGUCAGUUUUUAAUGCCUCCUGUCUUUUUAAAAUGUGCUCUUUAUUCAGUUUCAAAUAUAUAUGUAUCAGGGUCACUUAAUCUGCAUAGUCUCCAAGUACUGUGCUUGAAAUGGCAAGUACAGUAAUGGUCUAAAAUAUUUUCAAAUAAAGCAAAAAAUAUUACACAUGG